AAGUAUAUUGUUGGUAAUAUAACUGAGGAUGAAAUUGUCUAUUUGUUGCCUAACAUUCUUCUAAUCGACAAGGAAUCAAGAGAAUUCUAUAAACAACAUGAAAGAGACAAAUACAAAUCUAAAAGUUGUUCGCAUAGAAAUGACUCUAAUUUUAUCGGAACUGACGAUCCUGAGUGCAGUAAAGACAUUGCUGUUUAUCUCAAAGCAAACAUGCACAAAAAUGGUUCAAUGUACACAAAAUAUUAUCACAAACCUAACAACAUUCCUAAAUCAAAUCUGGGUGAAUACAGACUCGGUGAAAUUGAUAAUGAAAUUGAAACUACUUAUAGUACAAGACAGACGACAACGAUUCCUUUAAUAAUCGAUCUGAUUAAAUCAUUUAAAAAUCAGAAAAGGUUAAAAACAACGGUAAAAUAUAUCAACGAGUACCCAUCAGAGACUCCAACAGAUGAAAUUACAGACGAAUCUUCUACUGAAGAAAUUAAGCAACACAACAACGAAGAGAAAAAACAUAUGAUUGAUGUACUGACACUUCUUACUUUGUUAGAUAAUUUGACUAAAGAAUACACAGCACAGACUAUGCGAAGAUCGUGGUCCAACAAAACAGCGCCAACAGCGCCCCUCUGUCCGUAUACGAUCAGUUUCGGCACUUCCCCGAGAUAUAAAUAUCAAUAUCCAUACUUUGAACGAAACCGCACUGGUGAUCUAGUCAAUAUGUGUUAUGUAUGCGGACUGGAACAGGCCCGAAUCCCCGUAAGCUCGCUUUGUGAAAACGCCUUCGAUCAAGAUGACUGGACAUAUAAGAAGUAUUCCUACAAAUUCAUAAAAUAUUGCCGCUACGAUCAGUAUACUAACAAUUACUGCGUCCACACUCAAGACAAGCGAUCGAUCUGGGGUCGAUGGACGGGAGGCUGCUCUAUGCGUAGGAUAGACAUCAGCGGCGUGUACACUCAGAGGACGUGCAGGAACCGGGAGUGGCCAACCAGGGGACAUCACUUCGCCAGCCACAGAAUGGCCAGGCUCGAGUUUGUACUCAACGGAGUCAAAGAUGGUUGUACUGUCAGUCCAGGCGCGUCUCUUGUGCCUCUUUCAAGAGGCAUCUCUCUGUACGCUCGCUUCAUUGCCUGCGUAUGCAAAGAGUCACUAUGUAAUGCUGGCCUCUCCUAUAUGUUGCUAUCAUAUGUACGGAUAUUUGCUCAUAGCUUGACUCCUAUGAUACUUUUAGCUGCCACGUAGUAAUAUCACAGAAGGUUAUAGGGAAUAAGUAAUAUACUAUAAAUACAGUGAUUACAA